CCGCAGCAAUAGCAGUAGUAUCACCAGUAACGGCGGUGGCAGCGACGCAACUUUUGGCGCUUUGUGAACAUUCAUACAUACAUACAUGCAUAUGUAUAAAUACUCAGAGCCCAACGCGAAUGCUUUCAUUCUCCUGUAGUGUUUAAAGUGACAUGAAAGUGACGACAUUGGUGCACUACAUCAAGUCAUGUAUCAGCAUGUCCAACCAAGCAACACAAACCAUAUUUAUGCCGAUGGACAUAAUGUGUCAUCAAAAGCAACGAGUAAUGGGACAAUGUGUGCCAAUGGGUCUUUUGGAACAGAGGGGCCCGAAGCGACAGAGACCGACUCAUCAGGGACCGGGCGGAUGCGGAAGCCGUUGGAGAGGAAUGGCUCAACGCAGAACGACACUGUUCACCUCGAGAGAAGGCUGGGCCUCUUCAGUGGGGUGGCUUUAAUUGUCGGAACUAUGAUAGGGUCUGGAAUAUUUGUGUCACCCUCUGGCUUACUGGUUCGUACCGGUUCCGUCGGGGUUAGCUUCAUAAUCUGGCUUGCCUGUGGUCUGCUCUCGCUGUUGGGAGCUCUGGCAUAUGCUGAACUAGGCACAAUGAAUACCUCGUCUGGUGCGGAAUGGGCGUAUUUUAUGGAUGCGUAUGGACCUGCUCCGGCUUUCUUAUUUUCAUGGGUAUCGACAUUGGUGUUAAAGCCAUCUCAAAUGGCUAUAAUAUGCUUAUCAUUUGCACAGUACGCUGUUGAGGCUUUUGUGACAGAAUGUGAUCCGCCUGGAGGCGUUGUAAAGAUGGUUGCACUAGUGGCAAUAGUGAUGAUAUUGUUUGUGAAUUGCUACAGUGUUAAUUUGGGGAUGGCCGUGCAGAAUGUCUUUACGGCUGCAAAAUUGGUAGCUGUUAUUAUUGUGAUAUGUGGCGGCACUUGGAAACUAUUUGAAGGAAAUACGCAACAUCUAUCGAAUGCAUUUAAUGGGCCAAUGCCAAAUAUUGGCGCUAUCGCAACCGCAUUUUACACGGGCCUUUGGGCAUAUGAUGGUUGGAAUAAUUUGAACUAUGUUACCGAGGAGAUUAAGAAUCCCAGUAAAAACUUACCGCGAUCUAUUAUUAUUGGCAUACCACUGGUUACUCUGUGCUACGCGCUAAUCAACAUCUCCUAUCUGGCAGCUAUGUCGGCGCAAGAAAUGAUCGAAUCCGAAGCGGUUGCUGUGACCUUUGGCAAUCGCAUCCUUGGCGCCCUUGCCUGGCUAAUGCCACUCAGUGUCACUGUCAGCACAUUUGGAAGUGCUAAUGGUACGCUCUUUGCCGCAGGACGUCUUUGCUUUGCAGCAAGUCGAGAGGGUCAUUUGCUUGACAUAUUAUCAUAUGUACAUGUACGACGCUUGACUCCUGCUCCUGGCCUUAUAUUCCACUCGUUAAUUGCAUCAGCAAUGGUGCUUCAUGGUACAAUUGAUUCUCUGAUUGAUUUCUUCAGUUUUACCGCAUGGAUAUUCUAUGGUGGCGCCAUGUUGGCACUAAUCGUGAUGCGUUACACCAAACCCAAUCAUCCUCGGCCAUACAAAGUACCAAUCAUCAUUCCCGUUCUGGUUUUGGUAAUAUCGGUGUACCUUGUAGCGGCGCCAAUUUUCGAAACUCCCCGUAUUGAAUAUUUAUAUGCUUUACUUUUCAUUUUUGCGGGACUGAUAUUUUACGUCCCUUUUGUCAAGCUGGGAAUGACUCCACGUUUUAUGAAUAAGGUAACUCUUUUCUUUCAGUUGCUACUGGAAGUUGUUCCAACGUCAUCAAUGGCCAUGUUUGAAUAAUUUGAUUCAAUGUGCGCAAUAAACAUAAAAACAACCAAAA